GAAUCCGACAACGUAAAAUAAAACCGUUAAUACAGUUGAGAGCGUUCCAGCCUCGUUCUCGCUCCAUGUCAUGUUACUUCAACCGCUCUCUGGUUCUUCCCAAGAUGAGCUUCCCCUGUCACUCUCUCUCCAUUUUGACCACCAUUGCCGCCAAGACCAUCCCGCUUCCUGCUUCUCCCGAGCCCGACCCUGUUUCGCCGCAAUUCGCGGUGCUUCGCAAGAUCGAAUCUUGCAAAUCCAUUCAAGAGAUCAAACAGUUUCAUGCCCUGGUCAUCAAAUUGAGGCCCCUCCAGACCCAGUUCGUGUACAACGCCAUUAUCAGAGGCAUCACGAGUUUCAGGACCGGCUGCGGUUCCUCGUUGGAAGCAAUUCUGUUGUACAGAGAGAUGCUCACGAAAGGACUGGUGCCCACUGAUUAUACCAUUCCGUUUCUUCUCAAGGCUUGCGCGCAGGAGUUCGCUCUGAGGGAAGGCGAGGAAAUUCACGUGCACGCCAUCAAGACUGGGCUGUUGGGUUCGAAUGUCUACGUGAAGAAUACUCUGAUGAGGGUUUAUGCGGUCUGUGGGGUUAUUGGAGCUGCUCAGAAGCUGUUCGACGAAUGUCCCCAACGGGACUUGGUCUCGUGGACGACGUUGAUUCAAGGAUAUGUCAAGACGGGGUCGCCGAGGGAAGCUGUUGAGGUGUUUUUUAGGAUGUGCGAAGCUAGUUUUGUAGCUGAUGAGAUGACGCUGGUCAUUGUGCUCUCGGCAUGCGCUAUGUUGGGAGAUUUGAGUCUAGGGAAGAGGAUUUACAGGUAUAUGCAUGAAAAUGGGGUAAAGAGAGAUGUUUUUGUCGGCAAUGCUUUGGUGGAUAUGUUCCUGAAAUGCGGCGAUGUGGAUCUCGCUUGCUGGAUUUUCAGUGAGAUGCCCAUGAAAAAUGUGGUAUCUUGGAACUCCAUGAUAUUGGGAUUGGCUCAACAAGGAAAAUUCAAGGAAGCAUUGGUUGUGUACGAGGAAAUGCAAACCAUAGGCAUUAGGCCUGAUGAUAUCACUCUAGUUGGUGUUUUGAAUUCUUGUGCUAAUCUUGGAUUGCUUGAGUCCGGGAAGUGGGUUCACACGUACAUCAAUAAACAUAAGAUCAGCGCAGAUGGAUUCAUAGGGAAUGCGCUGGUUGAUAUGUAUUCAAAAUGUGGAAGCAUAAACCAAGCGCUUAGGGUUUUUCAAGGGAUGAAACACAGGGAUGUCUAUUCUUACACGGCCAUCAUUGUUGGUUUAGCAAUGCAUGGAGAGGCAGCACUGGCUUUGGAAAUCUUCUCUGAUAUGUCUUUGGUGGGCAUUAGACCGGAUGAAGUAACUUUCCUCGGCCUGCUUUCAGCAUGUAGUCAUGCAGGACUUGCAGACGAAGGACAGAGACAUUUUGAGGACAUGUCAAGAGUUUAUGGCUUAGAACCUCAAACAGAGCAUUACGCCUGUAUGGUGGACCUUUUAGGUCGUGCUGGACUGUUAAGCGACGCGGAAGAGUUCAUAAAGAAUAUGCCAAUUGAACCUGAUGCCUUUGUUUGGGGGGCCUUAUUAGGAGCCUGCAAAGUUCAUGGGAAAGUUGAACUUGGGGAACUUGCAAUGAAGAAACUAGUGGAAAUUGAGCCAGAGCGAGAUGGUGCAUAUAUAUUGAUGUCAAACAUGUAUUCAUCAGCAGAUAGAUGGCGAGAUGCAUUGAAAUUAAGAAGGUUCAUGAAAGAAAAGCAUGUGAAGAAGACUCCAGGUUGUAGUUCCAUUGAACUUGACGGCAUAGUUCACGAGUUCAGGAAAGGCGAGAAAUCACACCCCAAAAUUGAAGAGAUCAGCAGGUUUCUCGAAGAAUUUACGAGUCACUUGAAGAGCUAUGGCCAGCAAGAUAUAAUUGCAUUUGCUUGAUCUUGAGGCAAUCAGGUGCUUGCCGAGAGAAUUCAAAAAAAGAAAAAGAAAAAUUUGUCAUUUAAGAAAGCAAUACAACAGAAAGUCAGCAGUGAAAAAAGUUGAUCGGUCAUGGAAGCCGUACUAAAAUUUCUGGCUGUGUACUUCAUCAGAAACCAGAUUCUAUUCUUUGACAAUUUCUUGCCCUGAAUUAAUCAUGGCGACUUCGCUGACAAUGCCAUUAACUUCUUCUAGAAUGCUGCACACUUGAACUCCAUCUGUCAUCUAUGACAACAAGAGAUCCAACUUGUGGUGA